AAAUUUUAGAAAACUAAAACAAAAAAUCAAAAAAACACAACCAUACUAAAUGGAGAGGGUGAUUAGUUGGAGUUCUAAGAAGCAAGACUCAGUUGCCAAGUCAACAGCAGAAGCUGAGUACAUUGCUGCUUCUCUUGCUGCAGAUCAAGCUGUGUGGUUCAGGAAACUUAUGAAUGAUUUAAAACAACCUCAGAUACAUCCUACUGAGUUGUUUUGUGAUAAUUUAUCUGCUGUGGCAAUUGUUAAGAAUCCUAUUCUUCAUGGUAGAACCAAGCAUAUCAAGAUCAAAUAUCAUUCUAUUAGGGAGAUGGUUAAUGAAGGUGAAGUUCAGGUUUUGCAUUGUGAUUCAGAUGACCAGAUUGCUGAUAUAUUCACUAAAGGAUUGCACAAGUUCAGAUUUGAGACACUAAGAGACAAGCUUGGGAUGAGCAGCAUUAGUGUCAAGGAGGAGUGAAAACAGCAAUGUAAAGACAGUGACACAAAUGCUGUCACACUAUUUUUCAGUUUGUAGCAGUUAUUAGUUGGUUUUUAAUCCAGUUUGUUUUUCCAUUAUAGUGCAGUUAACUUUCAGUUUUUAGUAGUUUCUUUAUUUCCUUGUAAAAAGCAGAUUUGUUCAAUGGGAAAUUUUAGUUCUGCACUUACCAGAUCUUCAUCUCUUUGUUUACAAACUAACAUAAAAUAAUAUUGUAAUAAAAUUCAUUGUUAUGA